AUGCAAACAACUUCUGGUCAAUAUUCACUUUGUUAUAAUUUUUUAAUUAUUGAUUUAAAUAUAACACAAUUAACUGAUGUUAGAAAUACUUUACAGAUAGUUAAAAAAGGCGAAAACUUGUUUACUUUACAAUGUUUUAGCAGCAAAGAUUUUGUCAAUUUAUUAAAUUCUUUACGUUCAAUUAAUAUUAAAAUAAUAACAACAACAAUAAGCUCAACAACAAAUACUAAUACAAAAAAUGCUCAUCCAACACCUAGAACAAAAAAUAAUAAUAAUUUUUCUUCAUUUGAAGAAAAUGGAAGAAAAAUCGAGGAAGGAAAUAAGCACAACAAUAAUAAUGACCAUCAACAACAACAAAAUUUAAUUUAUUCAAAUAAUAAUUUAAAAAUUAAUCAUCAAUUAGAAAUGAUUUAUCCUGAUGGAAUUGAUGAUGUUGAUAAUAAUGUUAAUGAUGAAAAUUUCAAUAAUAAUAAAAGAUAUACUUCUGGCCUUUCUACAUCAGAAAAUUUGUCUAAUAAUGGGGGGUGUUUUUCAGGCUCUUCAAUUUGUGGAAAUCGUGAAAGCAGACCUUUUUCUGGAUUAUCUUUAAGACCUUUACCUCCUAGAAGAAGUGAAUGGUUUUCAAAUAAUAACAAUACUUCACAACAAAUUAAAUUGAGGAAAGGAUUAACCCCAGAAGAACAAGAAGACGCUUUAUUAUUAAAAAUAGUGGAAGGUUAUUGUUUAAGUAGUAAUUGUUUGGCAACUUCUUCAAUAAAUAAUCAUUUACACAAACAACAACAACAAUGCUGUCCUCAUUAUUAUCGUCAAAAACAAAGAAACUCGGCAGAAUCUCAACAUAACUAUAAUUCUUGUGGGGGAGGCCCAAUUAGAAGAGCAGCUUCAUAUCCAGACAAAAAUGAAAUGGCUACAACAACAUUAACUAGACCACAAUUAAUUGUUGCUGAAAAUGAAAAAAUUUUUGUAGAAGAAAUGGAAGGAGAUCAAAUUGUUUUGAAAGAAAGAAGUUUAGUGGAUACUGUUUAUACGUUAAAAGACAAUUUAUCAGCACUAACAAAGCAAGUUGUCGAACUUUCUAAAAGCCUUGAACAAGAGCAACGUUCCAGACGUCGAUUAGAAGAAUUAGUUAGGCAAACAAUUCCAUCAACUACAUCAACUUCUUUAAUUGAUCAACAAACACAACAAUUAGAAGCAUCUUAA